AAUAAGCAUUUUUUCUUUGAUUCGUUUUAUUGUGAUCGUUACAUAACCAGGAGAAAUCACACACCAGUUAGCAAGGAUGGAUUUGAAAAAGAUGAAAAAUGAGGACAAGCUGUCUUUGUGCCGAAAAUAUUACCUAGGUGGCUUUGCCCUGUUACCUUUCCUGUGGUUUGUCAAUUCUGUCUGGUUUUUCUGCGAGGCCUUUCGACGACCAGAAUACGAGCAACAAAAACAGAUACGCACUUAUGUUGUGCGAUCAAUUAUCGGGACGGUGUUUUGGGUGGCAGCGAUCACUACGUGGGUGGUGAUAUUUCAGAUCUACAGAGCGGAGUGGGGUGCCACGGCCGACUAUUUAUCAUUUAUCAUACCCAGGGGUAUUCCUUGACAUAACCCACAACCAAAGACAUAGCUAUUAUUAUUAUUUGUAUUUAAAGUGUACAUUAAUUCAUUUUCUCACAGUCGAAUGCUUUAUUUUGAACAUGAGUUGCUUGUAUAUAUGUCCUGGCUUUGUAUAACUCACAUCAUCUCAACAUUGUAAUCAUGAACAUUGUAAAUAAUAUUAAAUACAAGUUCAAAAUUU